CAGUCAGUUCAGCUUUGCUUCAGUCGCCACAUGUUCGAGCGGUUGAUAUUUACCGGCCGGUUUGUCAAAGGUGUUUCCUCGUUCACACGUCAUUCUCGCAAAGUACUGUUGUUUUCCGCAGCGGCAUUCGCUGUUUGCGCCAUGGCUGACCCAAGUAACGAUCCACUCCGGAUCAUUGCCCGGAGUACUGGUGGAUUCUCCAACAGAUUUUUGAAGACUGUCGUGGAAUCGAAUCCGGGCAACUUGAUCUCUUCCCCGUUGAGUGCUCAGGUUGUUCUUGCCAUGGCUGCCUAUGGCGCUGGUGGUUCAACUGCCACUCAAAUGCGAACAUCUCUCGGCAUUCCAGCCAACAACGCAUUAGGUCAAUCUGGUUACAAAUCGCUGAUUGAAACGUUGAACGCUGUGAAAGGAGUUCAACUAAAGAUGGCCAAUAAAAUCUACACUUCAGACAUGGUUCCUAUAAAGGCUUCGUACAAGGAAAUAACUGCUGUAAAAUUCUUGGCGGAAACCGAAAGUCUUGACUUUGGUCGUUCGGCAACUGCCGCCGCUAGCAUAAACGCUUGGUGUGACGAGCAGACUAACCAUCGUAUCAAGGAUGUAGUUACUCCAGACAGCCUCACUCCUGAUACCGCGUUGGUUCUCGUAAACGCCGUUUACUUCAAGGGUAACUGGGCCACGAAGUUUGACUCAACCCAGACUGAAGAUAGACCUUUCCACGUUGACGCAAAAACUACCAUUAACGUCCCUACCAUGUACAUAAAGAGAAAUUACCGAUUCGGAAAUAUUCCGGAAGUCGAUGCGAAAUUCAUCGAAAUACCAUAUGAGGGUAAAGAACUCAGCAUGAUCAUCAUUCGACCGAAUCAAAUCGACGGACUGAAGCGAAUACAGGAUAAUCUCCAUACUGUAAAUUUAACCGACCACUUGAAACGCGCGUAUUCAAAUGAAGUUAUGUUGUACCUUCCGAAAUUCAAGAUCGAAACAACAUUGGACCUUAAGCCAUCUUUGGAAAAGAUGGGUAUGUCUGAAAUGUUCCAAAACGGCGCCGACUUCUCUGGCAUGGCUAACGCACCGCUCAAAAUCAGCAAAGUUAUUCAGAAGGCGUUCAUCGAAGUUAACGAGGAAGGUAGCGAGGCAGCCGCUGUUACUGCGGUCGUCGUACCUCAAGUGCUGAGCAUAAGUUACCCGCCCCGGAAACCAGACAGAUUCGUGGUUGAUCACCCGGCUUAUUACGCAAUACAACAUAGCGAUUUGGGCGCAACCUUGUUCACUGGCGUCAUUCAUCGGCCCGUCAUCGCUUAGGACGCGACAUCUCUUCGUGGAUCAUGCCUUUGAAAUUGCCUGGUUAACAAUUUUCACCGGUGUCCUCUUACGAACAAUUAAUACGCAAUAAUCUGACGAUGCUUCCAUGCUUACAAUGCUUCGCGCAAAUAUUUCGCUAAUCGUUCUACUACAUUACAUUACACACACAUCUAUAUGACUCCGGAUAAGAUGCUCCAUCAAAGCUUGUCUAGUUAUAUUCGUUGCACGGAGUGAAUUCUUAACGACUGCACGCUUCGUUGUUUAUUAAAGGUUAGUGCGCACGCGCUACAAUACGAGAGUAUUGUAUACGAGCUCUUUACCAGGGCGACCAACUGUCGCUAACCUAAAAAAUUUUGACAGUUUUCGCUGGCAGUUGUGCUCAAUUCACAGUUGUAAAAAACUUUGAGUUGUCACACAUUGCGGCGAGCUGUUGUCUAAAUUUAUGACGGUUGGUCGCCCUGGCAAACAGCCGCUAUCGGACUGUACCCCGUGCGCAUUGAAUUUUAGCAGACGACGGAACGUGCAUCGUUAGGAAUUCACUCUGUAUACCGCACAUACUGUUAUGCAAGCCAUGGAAUAUUGACUGUGAGGUCUUAUGCUUCUCCUUAUUGUAAGUGUAACAAUUUUUUACUACUACUAUUGAUAUUAUUAUUAUUGUUGUUGUUAUUGUUAUUGUUAUUACAAUUAGUUUCAUUGUAACGUACCAGGAUGAUUUUGUUAUGAUU